CGACCAACUACUUCCUGAGUAUAGUACUCCGACCAUCAUCGUUAUGGCUACUAAUUAUCAUGCAGCAGAUCGCCACCAUGCUUGUUAUACGCUAUCUAUCCAUUGCUACGGUGUCCCUGCCGUCCGCUUUCUGGUCCUAGCUACCAAAAAAAGAACAAAAGAAAGAACAAAAGAAAGAACAAAGAAGAAAGAAAAGAAAAAAGAAAAAAGAAAGAAAAGAAAAACCGAGCACCCCAAAUCUCAGUCGGAAGAUUCAAAAACUCUUGGUGCGUUUAGUCUGAUACUACUCUGGUUGAUGAUGUCUCUCUGCUCCACUUGUCCAACCCAGACCCUGGAAGGUGGGUAAAGGUACAGUACUCCGUAUUGUUGGGGCCUCCAGGGUAGACAGAACGGAAUGGCGUAAUACCCCACUCUCAAGUGAACGGUCGGUUCCUGGGUCGCUGGUGUUGAACUUUUGACGUCAGUCUCUCCUCCUUAAAUCUUGCUUGAAUGCUGCUCUGUCUUUUGAAGAUGAGAUUCGGCCAACCAUUAAGAACAACUCACCUUUUUCGGAGAACCCCCUGCUACCCAC